GAUUCGAUAGUUCGCCGCACUCAGCAGCCGCCGCCCGUCGCCGUGUCAACCUCCGAUUCGUCCGCCGCACCCAUCUACACUGAGCCGGCUCCCACGGUCGUGGCGCUCACUUUGCGUUCUCCCGUACGCCUCUCAUGGCGUCACGACGCUGACCUUUGCUUCUCCUUCCGCCCUUCAUGGUUCCAUCUACAUACAACAUAUCCUAAGCUAAACCAGAUUCUUCUCAUCCUGCUCCUCCCCCUCCCGUUAAUCUAAUCUCCAUCCGGAAGAGGAAGAGGCGGUCGCAGCACGAUGACGUCCCGGCGCUUGAUUUCCUUGUUCCUCCUGUUUGUUUUGGCCAUGGCGCUUCAUCGCCAGCAGCAGGUGAUGGCAGCUAAGCCGAUGCCUCAGCUCAGGUCAGAGUCAAAGAUCAUUCAGGAUUCAAUCAUUGAAAAAAUUAAUGCUAACCCUGAAGCUGGAUGGAAAGCUUCCAUUAAUCCUCGUCUCGAAAACUAUACGGUUGAGCAAUUCAAGCAUAUUCUCGGGGUUAAGCCUAUGCCUUCCAAUGAGGUGAUGGUUCUUCCUACAAAGACCUAUCCAAAAUCUUUAAACCUUCCCAAGGAAUUUGAUGCAAGAAAAGCUUGGCCCCAGUGUAGCACAAUUGGAAAAAUACUCGACCAGGGCCACUGUGGUUCCUGCUGGGCUUUUGGUGCCGUAGAAUCACUUUCUGAUCGCUUCUGCAUUCACUUUGGCAUUAAUAUUUCUCUUUCGGUUAAUGACCUUCUGUCAUGCUGUGGGUUUUUAUGUGGAUAUGGCUGUGAUGGAGGGUAUACUCUACGCGCAUGGAAAUACUUUGUGCGCCAUGGCGUGGUUACUGACAAGUGUGACCCCUAUUUCGAUGACAUUGGAUGUGCUCAUCCGGGAUGUGAACCUCUAUAUCCAACUCCCAAAUGUCAAAGAAAGUGUAAAGUUGAUGACCUCAUCUGGCGGGAAAAUAAGCGUUUUGGAGUCGAUGCAUAUAGAGUAAACUCGAAUCCAGAGGAUAUCAUGGCCGAGAUCUACACAAAUGGACCUGUGGAAGUUGAUUUCACAGUUUAUGAGGAUUUUGCUCACUACCAGUCAGGAGUCUACAAGCACCUCACAGGUUACUCGAUGGGUGGUCAUGCCGUGAAGCUGAUUGGAUGGGGAACCAGCGAGGAGGGUGAAGACUACUGGCUUAUUGCAAACUCAUGGAACACAGAAUGGGGCGAGGAUGGUUACUUCAAGAUUACAAGGGGAAGGAACGAGUGCGGUAUCGAGGCAAAUGUUGUUGCGGGGAUGCAGAAGAACUUGUUCACGCAAAUGAUUUGAUGAUUCAGAAGGUGAUGCCAGCUCUUAAUUCCUCACUUCCCCCUCUACCAAAAUGGCCGUAUGUGUACAAAUAUAUUCUCGUGAUGUUAAACCUUAAAUCUAGCAGGACACAUUGUUGCUCAAAUCUGUCAUUUGUAUUAUUGACAUAUUUAUCACAUCAACAUAAGAAGGUGAUUCCCUAA